AUGUCGGGAACAGAAGAUCCUGAUAAUGAUUUUCCAAAGACAAAUGGUAUUGCAUUGAGAAACAGAAACUUGGAAGGAAGUAACUCCCUUCAUCCUGAUGAGCAUGAGACAAACAUCAGUAUUGACAAUGAACCACAUGGAAACCAACCUGAAUCAAGAGACAACAAGGAACUUGGGUGCAAGGGGAAACUUGCAAGGAAAUAUGAUGAGGCCCUUCAAUUUUGCAGGAAACAUAAAACUAGAAUUCGAUACGUAAUUUAUGGAAUACUAAUUACAGCUUAUCUGGCAAUGGUGAUUGCAGCCUGCAUCUUGAAUUUUCACAGAGCUUUGGCUCUCUUCAUACUCACUCUCCUAGCCAUUUUUUUCAUCUGUUGGGACUUUUUGAUAGCCAGAUAUGAGGGUAAAAUCGCAGAAUCACUUUCUCCUUUUGGAAGAUUUCUCAAAGCUCAAUGGUUUUGGCUGAAAUGGGUAGUGUGGAUCAUCUUAAUUGUUGCUGCUGUGUGCUGGUUAAUCUUUGAUACUGCCAAGCAAGGAACCAAUCAGCUCAUUUCCUUUGGUGGGCUUAUCAUGUAUAUUCUCUUGAUGCUGAUCUUCUCCAAAUACCCAACUAAAGUUGUAUGGAGACCAGUAAUCUGGGGGAUUGCAAUGCAGUUUGUUCUUGGACUUAUUACCUUGAGGACCAAAGCAGGAUUUGAUGCAUUCAAUUGGCUUGGUAAGCAAGUGCAGACCUUCCUGGGAUACUCAGAUGCUGGUGCUAAAUUUGUAUUUGGUAAAAAGUAUACUGAUCACUUCUUUGCUUUCAAGGUGCUGCCCAUUGUCAUUUUCUUCAGUACAGUGAUGUCUAUGCUAUACCAUGUUGGAUUCAUGCAGUGGCUUAUUAAAAAGGUUGGAUGGAUCAUGCAAAUUACCUUACAGACAAGUCCAGUAGAAUCUUUAGUUGCAGCUGGCAAUAUAUUUGUGGGAAUGUCAGAGUCUCCUCUCAUGGUAAGGCCUUAUCUGCCCUACGUUACCAAGUCUGAACUCCAUGCUAUCAUGACAGCAGGAUUUGCCACCAUUGCUGGAAGUGUUUUAGGAGCAUAUAUUUCCUUUGGGGUUUCAGCUUCCCAUUUAUUAACUGCUUCCGUGAUGUCAGCACCAGCAGCUUUAGCUGUCGCCAAACUCUUUUGGCCUGAGACUGAGAAUCUCCAGAUAAGUGCACAACAGAAUACAAAAAUGGAAAAGGGAGAAGCCAGGAACCUGUUGGAAGCUGCCAGCCAAGGUGCUAGUACUGCCAUCUCCCUGGUAGCAAACAUUGCUGUGAAUCUGAUAGCCUUUCUUGCCUUGUUGGCCUUCUUCAAUGCUGUCCUGUCUUGGCUGGGGAACAUGUUUGGCUACCCACAACUAAGUUUUGAGAUAAUCUGUUCAUAUCUGUUUAUGCCAUUUUCUUUUAUGAUGGGGGUAGACUGGGAAGACAGCUUUAUUGUUGGUGGGCUCCUUGGUUAUAAGACUUUCUUCAAUGAAUUUGUGGCUUAUGAACAUCUUGCAACCUUCAUUCGACUAAGAAAGAAGGGAGGGAAAAUGUACAUCAAUGGUGUGAAACAGUACUUGAGUAUCCGAUCGGAAACAAUUGCCACUUAUGCCCUUUGUGGAUUUGCAAAUUUUGGUUCAGUGGGCAUGAUACUUGGAGCACUAUCAUCUUUGGCUCCCUCUAGGAAGAGAGACAUUGCAGGGGGAGCCUUCAGGGCCAUGAUUGCUGGCACUGUGGCCUGCUUCAUGACAGCUUGUGUUGCAGGUAUAUUAUCUAAAAAUCCAUGUGCAUCUUUAUUGGAAAGCAACUUCCAUAUGACUGACAAUAGCACAGAAAUAGUUACAUGCUGUUUAAACCUCUUUAACAGGUAA